GCCUCGAAGCAACGCAUUUGAUUUCCGCCGCCGCGGGGCCGGAGCAGCGGCCAUGGCGACGGCGGCGACCCUCCCCUUCUCCUCCUCGUCCACCGCCGCAGUCCAGACCGUAGCCCGCGCCAUCUCCUUGCGCCGACGCGGCGGGGCCCUCCUCCACCACCUCUGCCGCCGCCACCCGCUCUCGGCUGCCACCCGGGGCUCGCUCCUCCGCCUCGGCCUGGCACUGCGCCGCCCGCUCUCCGCCUCCGCCUCGGCCGUCGGGGAUAGAGGGGACGCCGCUGCGGGCGGGGAAGGAGGUGGGUACGACUACGACCUCUUCACCAUAGGGGCCGGGAGCGGCGGGAUGCGGGCGUCGCGCGUCGCCGCCUCCCUCUACGGCGCCCGCGCCGCCGUCUGCGAGAUGCCCUUCGCCACCGUCGCGUCCGAUAACCUCGGUGGCGUCGGCGGAACCUGUGUGCUUCGUGGCUGUGUCCCAAAGAAAUUACUGGUGUAUGCAUCCAAAUACUCUCAUGAGUUCGAAGAGAGCCAUGGCUUCGGGUGGAGGUAUGGCACUGAGCCAAAGCAUGACUGGAGCACUCUGAUGACUAACAAGAAUUUAGAGUUGCAGCGCUUGCUGGGGGUUCAGACAAACAUGCUGAAGAAUUCAGGGGUGACUAUAAUCGAAGGCCGUGGAAAGGUUGUUGAUCCACAUGCUGUCAGUGUGGAUGGAAAACUUUAUACUGCAAAAAACAUACUCAUAGCAGUUGGUGGUCGGCCAUCCAUUCCAGAUAUUCCAGGAAUAGAGCACGUCAUUGAUUCAGAUGCAGCAUUGGACCUGCCUUCAAGACCUGAGAAGAUUGCGAUAGUAGGAGGAGGGUAUAUUGCUUUGGAGUUUGCUGGUAUUUUCAAUGGCUUAAAAAGUGGUGUUCAUGUUUUUAUCCGACAGAAGAAAGUACUAAGAGGCUUUGACGAGGAGGUCAGGGAUUUUGUUGCAGAUCAGAUGUCUUUGAGGGGUAUCACAUUUCAUACUGAACAGACUCCUCAAGCAGUCACUAAAUCAGAUGAUGGCUUGCUGACUCUGAAGACAUACAAAGGAAGCAUACAUGGGUUCUCACAUGUAAUGUUUGCAACCGGACGAAAGCCAAAUACAAAGAAUUUGGGACUGGAAGAGAUUGGGGUCAAACUGGACAAGCAUGGUGCUAUUGUGGUUGAUGAGUUUUCUCGAACCUCAGUUGAUUCUAUAUGGGCUGUGGGUGAUGUUACUAAUAGGGUGAACCUGACACCGGUUGCAUUAAUGGAAGGUGGGGCAUUAGCGAGGACUAUUUUUGGAAAUGAACCUACAAAACCAGAUUACAGUGCUGUGCCAUCUGCGGUGUUUUCCCAACCUCCAAUUGGACAAGUUGGCCUUACUGAAGAGAAGGCGAUUGAGAAGUACGGAGAUGUUGAUGUCUACACAUCAAACUUCAGACCUCUCAGGGCCACUCUUUCUGGUCUACCUGAUCGUGUAUACAUGAAGGCUAUCGUGUGUGCUAAUACUAACAAAGUUCUAGGAGUGCACAUGUGUGGUGAAGAUGCACCUGAGAUUAUUCAGGGUAUUGCAAUUGCUGUAAAGGCUGGGUUGACGAAGCAAAACUUUGAUGCCACUGUAGGUGUCCACCCAACCACUGCAGAAGAACUUGUCACAAUGAGAAGCCCAACUAGGAAGGUCCGAACAGAUGCUGCGGAUGAGACGAAAAUGAAAGAUGAGGCCACACGUCAGAAGUAGAUACGCCUGCUUUGCAUAAUGAGUUUGUGUUGCAGUCUGAUCAGUUGAUCUCUAACCGUGGAAGCAACGGACAGACAGCCGUCUCUCAAGAAGCACCGGAGGACAACCCACGAUUGCAGGAAGUUAAGAACAGAGAUGUUUUAUAGCGAUGGCUAAUUAUCUCAUACAUUCUAUAUGGUUUAUAGUUCAUUAUAGAAGCUAGCCCUUAGUGUUCUUUUUGGCUAUGUUACUGAAAUAAACGCUGUCGAUAUUGAUAGAUAUAUUUACAGCAUGGAAACUUUUGUGUUAAAUAACAAAUUCCUUGAGUAUAUUCUCCUGUACUGACUGAUUUACUAUACAUAACAUGUGAUCUGCUUCCAGUUCCAGAUACGCGGAAGUAUAUUCUUAGUGCCAUUCUGAAUGUAAAUUGUGGCUGCAACUUGUAACUUAUUCAGUUGUGGUCCUACAUGCUGAGCUUUUGUUUCCUGCUUUU